CGUGAUCGGAUGAUGACGUCAAAUGCCGGUGCCUCUAAAGUGAAGUGACCUUCUUUACGUCCGCCAGACAGAAACCUGCUCAUCAGCCGACAGAAGCAGCUUCAACCUCCACCGGCGUGAUUUUAAUCCAAAGCUGACUAUGGGAGACAUUGCCAAGGGAAAGAAGGCCUUCGUCCAGAAGUGUGCUCAGUGCCACACAGUAGAGGAGGGGGGCAAACACAAGGUGGGCCCCAACCUCUGGGGCCUGUUCGGACGCAAGACCGGCCAGGCCGAUGGUUUUUCAUACACGGACGCCAACAAGAGCAAAGGUAUUGUGUGGGGGGAGGACACCUUGAUGGAAUACCUGGAGAACCCCAAGAAGUACAUUCCCGGAACCAAAAUGAUCUUCGCCGGCAUCAAAAAGAAGGGAGAGCGCACAGACCUCAUCGCCUACCUUAAAUCAGCAACUUCAUGAAGCAGUCAUUAAAUUCACAAUAUUUAACGUCAUAUUAUUUUAUUUUUGUUAUUAUUAGAUGUACACAUGCUGAAUAUACCGUUUUAUGUUGAGUCAUUUGCAGAGGAAGUUAAUUUAUGUCAUCUAUGGUUAGCAAAGUGCGCUGUGAGCUAACAGCUAAUGUUAUUAUAAGUUUAGGAUGCAGGCAAUUGUUCAAAUGGCCGAACAUGAAACUACUGUCUUAUUUUAUUUUCUGUGUGGCUCUGUACUAACUAAGCCCAUUAUUUAAUAUUUCUCAAGUGGAUAGGUCACCUGACCCGCCACUCAUUCUGUUUUUAAUCACAUGUCUGGUACAGAGCCACACUGCAUCUUUAACAUUUCUAAACCUAUUACUAAGAGAAAAGCUUUCAUGCCACCUGGAGUUUCUAACCAGAGACUUUCUACGCUCUCUUGUCCUGUCCUCAUCUGUUCGUGGUCAGAAACUAUCACUUACCACGACAAAGUGUUUCAUUCAAAGACCUGUUAGGUAACUGAAGCAGCCCCUGACCUCCUGUUUUUAAGGCCCCGCUAGUCACCAGACCCGGUACAAACUUUUAUUUUCUUCUUAAUACAGUGACACUGAGAACCGUCUCCCUACAGCUAGGAAUUGUUGGGUAUGAAUAUAUAAAUGUGUAUAAAUGCCUUCAAACCACGCUGAGAUCCCACCGCUGUGAAAUCAGCUGGCAAACGAUCACCUGCGCAGCUACUGUACCACACGCAGGAACUAUCCGGAGAGAAUGGAGGUUAUGUUAUUUACCUGGUUUCACAGGCCUGAAAAGAGAAACGUUUUAAAUUAUUUUACUGUCGCUUGUGAAAUGUUUCGAUGGGGGCUGCUUGCCGUUGACGUACAACAGCAAAACUCUGAAUGCUCAUGAACAAUAUCAUAAUGUUGUGGACGGGAUGGAUGAAGACUAAAUUCAAAUAAAACAUCCAGCAAUAUAAACAGGA